AUGACUAGCGUACAAAAAAAGAUUGGAAUUUGGUUUAACAAGACCUCGAAGCGUUCAUCAAGUGACGGAGAACUUUCCGAUGAUAGCUCGAACGGUGUCGGAUCGAUUGCCGGCGACAACGAGCGCGUGUAUACAUCACCAGCCGUCGUUGAGUCUAUCCGGCACGGGAAGAAUGCAACAACAAAUAAGAUCGAGUUCUUCUCCAAAGAUCUUCCUUUCUUUUGGCUCAACAACGCAUCAGACCACCCUGUAGUACUGGACGGCGUGCGAUACCCAACCGCAGAACACUUGUUUCAAGCGCAGAAGUUCAUUGAUCACCGUCCCGAUAUCGCCAACAAGAUCCGCAAAGCGUCAAAUGCCGUUGAAGCGAUUCAUAUUGCUCGUACAUUCUCCCGAGACGUCCGAGCCGACUGGAUCAAGGAUGGCGUCAAUGUGUCGACCAUGCGUAUGGUGCUUUUGACAAAGUUCAUGCAGUACUCUGACUUACGCCUUGCGCUUCUCGAAACAGGAGAUGCUGAAAUUGUUCACGCAAGCCCCAACGAUGCAUUCUGGGGCUCCGCCGCUGCACCGAACUCAGUCGGUCGGGGUCGUAAUAUGUUGGGUCGAACUAUUAUGCAAACCCGAGAGCUACUACGCGUAGCUGCUGGCGUCGGUGCUAACAGCGGCACCCGAACUGUAUAA